GGGUUCACUGGACAGUGUAACCUGUCUUCACAGGCUAUAGUAGUCUUCGUGUCAUAGUGCAAAUGACCAAUGUUAGCUACUUUUGCUAUAUUGAUGGCAGUUAAGUUAUCUUAAGGGACCAGCUAGCAGACAAUGUCAGCUUUAUUCUUGUACGUACAGUUUAUAGGUCAACAAACUUAAAAUAACGAUAUAAGGCAAAAUGUUAAGCGACCUCCCUUUCUUUAACAGUACAGAUAUGGUUUAUCGUUAGCUAACGUAAAAGCUCCCUGUCCACUAAUGCAUGAGUUGUAUCAUUUGAGGAUGUCUUCAUUAGUGGCCUAUGACGAUUCAGAAACAGAGGAUGAUUCUCUUGAUCAUACAAAGGAGGAAACAGCAGAUUCAGUCCAAACAGGAUCAUACACACAAAAUGAAGAUGUCAAUAAGCCUAAUUUCUCUGAAGUAACAUCAAGUCCUCAUAGCCUCACCCCUGAGUCUGCCAGUUCUAUGUUGGGAUAUCAUGGAAAUGUCUCGGACAGUGAAAGCUCUUUUGUUCAGCAACAGAGCUCUUUCAAUGGGAAAAGAAAAUAUUACAGUGACAAGACAGCACAAGAAAAACAUUUCAACGUUCAUGCAGCUCCUCCGAGUUUUCCAGCAACUCAGGGGAAGAUCUCUUCAUUGCAGACUGUUCUUCACAUGCCACAGAGCUUCGGCGAUGGUCUCCAGCCAGCAAAAAGACAUCAAACAUUCCCCGCUGGUGUCCGACCGUACAUCCCCAAGAGACAGAGACUUGCCAUUUCAGUAGAGACGGCAAACCCAGCAGAGUCCCCAGCAGAUCAAGUUCAAGGGAAUCAGACUAGGGAAAGCCAAAGUCUGUUAGAAGUGUCGGUGAGAGUAAAGCCGUAUCUUUCUCACAAACCCGGAGCAGCGGGGAUACCGAGGAGGCUUCUGAUGAGCCUAGGAGGCCACCAGGGCCCAGUCAACACAGUUCAAUGGUGUCCAGUGCCUCAUAUCAGUCAUUUGCUGCUGUCUGCUUCUAUGGACAAAACAUUUAAGGUGUGGGAUGCAGCAGAGAGCGGGCGAUGCCUGAGGGUGUACAGCUGCCAUUUGGGAGCUGUGCGAGAUGCCUGUUGGACCCCCUGCGGACACCUCCUCACUGGCUCAUUUGACAACAUGGCUGUGAUCACAGACGUGGAAACAGGACAGCAGGUGGUAAAACUUGACAACCAGUUCAAGGUGAUGUGUGCGGUCCUGCAUCCCAGCAACCCUGAGGUGUUCCUGUGCGGAGGUUACAGUUCUGUGGUCAAAGCCUGGGACUCCCGCAGCUGCAAGGUGGUGAAAGUGUACAAAGCAGGGAUCCAGCAGACCUUGGACAUCCUGUUUCUGAGAGGUGGUGUUGACUUCAUAACGAGCUCGGACUCUGUGAGCAGAGACUCUGCAGACCGCACCCUCAUCGCCUGGGACUACCAGACCACAGCCAAGGUCUCCAACCAGAUCUAUCAAGAGCGGUACACAUGCCCCAGUCUUGCUCUCCACCCACAGGAUGAAUCCUUUGUUGCGCAGACCAACGGGAACUACAUGGCAGUGUUCUCCUCACAGCAGCCCUAUAGAAUGAACAAGAGGCGGCGGUACGAAGGACACAAGGUGGAAGGAUACGCGGUGCAGUGUGAGUUUUCUCUGGAUGGAACUCUCCUGGCAUCAGGAAGCUCCACCGGCGCAGCUCACUUCUAUGACUACCAAAAUGCCCGAACUCUUCACACUCUUCGCGCCCACAGCCAGCCCUGUCUAUGUGUGUCCCAGCAUCCUGUCCUGCCUGCUACUGCAGCCACCUGCGACUGGGCUGGAGAGAUUAAGGUCUGGCACUAAAGACUCUGACUGAACAAGUAAAUAUAGACUCUAAAAUCAUGAUACGAAGCGCGUCAGCCCAAAGACAACACUGUAUUUAACUGGAAGCUCGAGUACACAUCCAACUUCAAAACGUUAUCUGCUAUAAUCUGUUGGCAUAGAGUGGGAACUUGGCAAAAAACACUGGAAGUCAGCUAAUCUACUGUCCGCAGACGCUUUGGGAGCGGUUUGGUUUAAAACAUUAUUUCAAAAACCGCCCACGUUUUCACUACCAUGGGUGUGAACUCUCACUGGCACAAGAACAACCAUAUCUAACUGCACUGUAAAACCUUGCUGUAAGCAUGUUAACAAUUUUUGGCUCAUUUUACAUGUGUUUCAUAUCUGCAAAUCAGAGGAAGUUGAACAGUUUGAAAUGAAAGAAAAACUUUACUUUCCAGUUCAAAAAUGUGAAAUGUUGUGAUUUUUAUGUAAAAAUUGACAAUAAAGUUGAUGCUGUUGGCAGUGCAUUGUAGCUUCA